AUAAAAGGUCUCAAGAUGGAGUCACUUAGGAAAGGACAGAUCAGGCUGUGCUUGAGGAUGGGGGAUUAUGGGCACACUCCUGGGGACCGGUACCACAACAACAGCAUCUAUUAUCAGCCACAGUACCUACCCCUAGGGAUCAGCUGUGCCCCCAUGCAGCAUGAACCUCCAGAAAAUGUGACUGCUGAGACUGUGGAUUAUUACAGCGCCCCCCAGUGGGAGCAGCGUCACCUGGCAGAGCAGUAUGCCCAGGUGACGGGGGCAGGUGAUGAAUCUGGACCGUCCCAGCGUAGGAAGAGAACGACCUUUAGCCCUAAACAGCUUCAGGUAUUGGAGAGCUUCUUCCAAAUAAACAAGUAUCCGAAUAUUAAUCACCGGGAGGAGCUGGCGAAAUGUGUUUAUGUUCCAGAGCCGAGGAUCCAGGUAUGGUUCCAAAACAGGAGAGCGAGAGCAAGACGUGAAAAAGUGAAGAAACCAGUCUUGAUAGAAUAUUUUCCUGAUAAGGAAGAUGGCAACAGGCAGCAACCACUGAACAGGACAGUGACAACACUGCAAAAAAGGUCCAGCAAGAAAUGGGUGAAGACACUAUUGAGCUUUAAGAAAAAACCCCUUCCUCUGUCUGAGGAUUGUCCAUGGUUUUCCUACACACUGCCCAGCCAGGGUUUGCGGUUGAACCAGGUGACCACUGAGGACUAUUGGAAUGGCCCAACUAGCCUCCGCUUGGGAAACCAAGAGUACUGCAACAUUAGAAGCCAAAAUGGGGCUAGUAGCAUCUACAUGAGCCUUUAUCGCUUCAACCACAAAGGCCAGAAUGGACAAAGUGGCAUCCAUGAGCAGGUCUACAGGAACAUGGCCUCAGUUACGCAAUGUGGUGACUGACUUGACAAGAGAAUACCCAGACCCCUAACCCCAGGGACUACAUCUAAUUUCUGACUGCAUCGGACCAUCGCUCCAGAGGGAAGACUGGCUAUUAGAAUGAAUCUGUUGCUUUAUUGCUAAACCUGUCCCGAUUCCACUGUUGGUCUGACCUGUACAAGCUCAGCUUCUGGGGCCAGUGAUAGCUGUACAGCCAGAGCCUGGAGAUCAAUUUCUGCAUACAGGCAUGAGAAGUACAGCUGUGGUUCCCAAGUGACUAAUUCCUCAGAGGUUACAAGAUAAUAUAGAUAUAAGUAGAGGAAAAGCUUAUUUUUAAUUUGCUAAUUAAGAGAUGUAUAGGAAUAAUUUUUUAAGUGUUUAUUUUAGUUAAUAUAAUAUUUAUACAAUUAGAACUUUCUGUGUACUUGGCCAAUUGUGCUAAUAAAAGUAACCGUACAUAGAAUGUGAUUUCUACUUUGA